GAACCAAACAUUUCGAGUCUUUCAAUGUGGAGUAAAAACAUGGCCACUACUUAGGCUACACAAGACCGCUGAUGGUAGCUAUCUAGUCACGAAGAGGAGAUGAUCAGAAAAGAGUCUCACUCAGAGAGUAAGAGAUGGGGACGGCGACUGAUGACAUCAGACAACUAUUAAGAGACUGUGAGCUGUUUGUUUUUGAAAUACUCCAGGAUGAGAAUCUCAGUAAUGUUGCUCUAGAGUCCAGGGACAUUCUUCUACGAAAUUUCCAUAUCAUCCAGAAGAGACACCCACAAGAAUUUCCCCACAGAUUUGAAUCCAAUCUUGAGGAUAGUUCAGAUGACAACCGCAGCUCCAGUCUGGGACGCUCUGCCCCCUCAGAUGAUAUGUCAGUGGCCUCUGACUACCAGGAGGAAGGUGCCAGUGAGCUUUUUGAAGAGAUCCCUAUGGUGGCUGCACAGGACCUGAGUAACAUUCUAAAGCAAGGCUACCUGGAGAAGAAAAGACGUGAUCACAGUUUCUUCAGCAUGGAAUGGCAAAAGCGAUGGUGCGUUCUGAACAACACCAUAUUUUAUUACUUCGGGAGUGAGAAAGACAAGGUGCAGAAAGGCUCCUUUUAUAUCAAUGGCUACAGUGCAGAGUUGGUCCCCAGCUUACGCAAGGACUCCAAGAAGAAUUCAUGCUUCGAGAUGAGUGCUCCUGGAAGACGUUCUUACCAGUUCACUGCCAGCAGUCCUCGAGAGGCAAGGGAAUGGGUGGACCAGAUCAAUUUCGUUCUUAAGGAUCUGAGCUCUAACUUCAUCCCCUUUGAUGAUGAUGAGGAAGAGGAGGUGGAAGAAGAGGAAGAGACAUAUGAUGACAUUGAACGAGCUACCACACCACCACCACCACGUCCUGGGCCAGCAUCUGUACCGGCCACAACCCAGAGUCUGGGACAUACCCCUCAAAGCAGCCGCGAGGAAUGGAAGGACCAAUCAAGAACUCAGGAAGAUGAAGAAGAGGACGAAGAGGACAUUUACGAAGAGCUUCCAGAUGAUGAAAUUUCCGACAACGCUGAAGAGCUCAUUGAAAAAGCUGGGUCUUCAGAUUAUGCAAAUUAUUACCAAGGAUUGUGGGACUGUGAAGCGGACAGACCCGAUGAGUUGGCCUUCCAGAGAGGAGAUAUCAUCUACAUCCUCAGCAAGGAAUACAACAUCCAUGGGUGGUGGGUCGGGGAGAUAGACGGUGCUAUCGGAAUAGUCCCCAAGGAGUUUUUGCAUCCUGCUUAUAUUCUAUGAGGUUUGCUUUUUGUGAAGAUCACAGAAUUCCCAGGGUUAUAAUAACACUUUUAUAUGUCAUUGUUUUGAAAUUGUAAACGAAUAGGAAGUUUGAAAUUAUAAUUAAGUCAUAAAUUACUCACCUGUUGUGGUGUUCAAAUGCCGUCUUCUUUGAUAGACUACAAAAAAGUAGCCUACUUUUAAAGAAUGUCCCGCUCACGCUCGUCCAUAUGGGUGAUUUUAUAAAUGGAAGUACACAUGUCUGAAGUCAUUAUUUUUUGCUUUUUUCAAAUGGUUAUGUAUUUAAUUAUUAAAUACACUGAAUGGCAUGUGUGCAUUCUCUGAUAAAAUAUUUUAUUCAGAA